CGGGUAAGAUCACGUGGUGCGGCCGGGCUAUCCCAGCUGAAGCGCCGCCCGUGUCGAGCGCGUGGUGCGUCCGUGUGGAGCCGGUAGCUCGCACGGUAACAGGGCCGAACGGAGCCCGCAACAUUCCUUCCUUCCCUUUGAGAACUUAUGGAGAGAGUCUUGGCUAGCAUGGAGCAGUGCUGAGUUGACGUGUGGUGGUGAGAGGCCACGCUGGGUGCCGAGAGAGUGGGCUCAUGGCGGUUUGUCGUGGGCAGAUGGCGGCGUUCCACGGGAUGGGGCCCGGGGCCUCGGCGCCGCCUCAGCCGGCGUUUUUCCCCACGGCCGCGGCGGCUUCCGCUGCGCAGGGACAUGGCCAGCCUCGAGGCCAGGCCGACGUCGAACCCGACCGGCCGAUCGGAUAUGGAGCCUUUGGUGUGGUUUGGUCUGUAACAGACCCUCGAGACGGAAAGCGAGUGGCCCUCAAGAAGAUGCCCAAUGUCUUCCAGAACCUAGUAUCCUGUAAGCGCGUCUUCAGGGAACUUAGAAUGCUCUGCUUCUUCAAGCACGAUAAUGUCUUGUCAGCACUGGACAUCUUGCAACCUCCUCCUCUCAACUUCUUUGAAGAAAUUUAUGUUGUUACUGAACUGCUGCAGAGUGACCUGCACAAGAUCAUCGUUUCCCCACAGCCCCUCAGCUCCGAUCAUGUCAAGGUCUUCCUCUACCAGAUCCUCAGAGGUCUGAAGUACCUCCACUCUGCAGGCAUCUUACACAGGGACAUCAAGCCUGGGAACCUGCUGGUCAACAGUAACUGUAUUCUUAAGAUUUGCGAUUUCGGCCUGGCGCGGACGGAGGAACCAGACGAGUACAAGCACAUGACGCAGGAGGUCGUGACCCAGUACUACCGCUCGCCCGAGCUCCUGAUGGGGACCAAACACUACAGCCAGUCCAUCGAUGUUUGGUCGGUGGGGUGCAUCUUCGCCGAGCUGCUGGGACGACGCAUCCUGUUCCAAGCACAGAGUCCCAUCCAGCAGCUGGAGCUGAUCACAGACUUGUUGGGGACUCCGUCGUUGGAAGACAUGAGGACUGCUUGUGAUGGAGCCAAGGCCCACAUGCUGCGGCAGGCCCACAAGCCGCCGGCCCUGGCCUCCCUGUACACCCUGUCCAGCCAGGCCACCCACGAAGCUGUGCACCUCCUCUGUAGGAUGCUGGUCUUCAACCCAGACAAGCGUAUAUCGUGUGCGGACGCCCUGACCCACCCGUACCUGGACGAGGGACGUCUGCGCUACCACACAUGCAUGUGCAAAUGCUGCUAUAACACCCCUCAGGGGCGCCAGUAUACCUCAGACUUCGAGCCUAUCUCUCGCCAGCUGUUUGACUGCACAUGGGAGGACAGCCUGCACUCCGUACACAUGGUCAAAGAGGAACUGCACAGGUUCAUAGGUGAACGCCAGCGUGGAAACAAGGUGCCUCUGUGUAUCAACCCCCAAUCAGCAGCCUUCAAGAGUUUUGCCACCUUGAAGACCAGAUGAUCAACUCGGGCAAGAUUUUCGGUCUUCAGUUGCCCAGCCAGCAGAGCUUCCGCCAUCACCAGUUGCCUGGGAGUGACCCCUGACCCUACACACCACGUGGAAACAGCCCAGCAUCACAUGCCCCCCUCCCACCCUCCCCACAUGCUUCCAUCAGGACAGACACAGUGCCAACCACCAUGCCCAAACAUGCCGAUAUGAUCAACUCUCUUUUAGACUUGUGUACUAUAAAUUUUAGGACUGUUGUUUGCUCAGCAUUGUAUAUACCCCCAUUCCCAUGUUGUUGUCAUGCCACAGCCAUGUGCCUGUGUGAAAUGUGUACUAGGAUGAAGAGAAGGUAGUUUAUCAGAAAGGUACUAGUAGCUGUAUCCUCUUUAUCUCUCAAGAGAGUUUAGGACCAUCAAACCCCUUCAGAUUUGUUUGAACCAAAUGCCAAAUCCAGCUACAUUUUCCCAGGCAUGGGCAUGUUUGCAGUUAAAGAGGCCUACAGAGCCUGGCUUGAUGGAACAUUUCUCAUGUUUACUGAAGGCUGAUGAAGAUUAAGAUAGAAGUCAGACAGAUGUUGGUGAACUGAACUGAUGUUGCAGUGAUUUUCAGCAGAGAUGUGCACAUACACACACAACAAGGAACAUUCAAACAAGCUCGGACAAGACACACAUCUGCUGCUGCAAAACUCUGUUUCCCCGACAUCUUUGUUUUUCGAUUUCAAAUGGUGCUUUAAAUUGAGAUAGUCUUGGAUUUUCGUGUGUAAACCAUGACUUUACUAUUGUAUCAGCCAUUGGGACCGUGCUGUGGGAAAUAUGGCUCCACCUGUACGUUAUUUAUUCCCAUAGCCCCGAGUUAGUUGUUUUUUUCACUGUGUGGUGGCAAUUAUUUUAGAGGAAGUCAGUUCCCAAUGCAGGGUAUGGUGCAAACUGGAUCCUAAUCAUGCUACAAUGAUAGCCCUCUCCAUUUGCAGAUCAAGUACUAGUAAUCAAAUGGUGAAGAAAAGAAUGUUGUCAAAGCUCUGUUACAUUUUACAAAAGUCUUAUUAAAGUUAUCAAGGCCAGUGGUAAUCCUCAAGCACUAGAGCUGUUAUAUGGUAGAUUGUACAGUUGAACACAGAAACCAUGCUUCAUGAUCCUUGCCUUUGUAUAAGAACAAGUGCUCCAUGUUCUUUGCAUGUGUGACAGCCAGGUAUACAUGAACAUAUUGGACAUCCCAUGGCUUUUAGACGUUUUAUCUGAUAACCCAUGCAUGACUGCUGUUCUCUGAGGACCCCAACUGAUCACAUGAUCAAAAGAGAUGGCCAUUGUAUUACAAUGCAUUGCCGGUAGUUUGAGGCCAACGCAAACAUCAAAAUACUCAAAUGUGCACCUCUCAGAAAAUGACACUGAAAGCUGUCAUUUUAGAAGGCACUUGGUUAGAGUGUUGGAUGCUUGCUACUUUCUUCACAGAGCACAGCAGCCAUGUAUAGAAGCAUCAGAUGGAAGUACUGGAAACAUAGGGAACUCUGUAUAUCCAUUUCUUCAUGUAAAAUCUGCUGAGAGCCUUGUUGAUGACAUUAGAGCCAUCUGGAUUGUGAGAAGAGCCAUGCCUACUGCCAACCCUAACUAUGCAUGUGUUCCUCCCCUCUUACAAACAAAUCUUGCACAAAGAAACAGCCAGUGAAAGAUAUUGUACAAAGUUAUGCUUCUUUUUAAGCAAUAAGGUAUGGGAAUAUCCAACCCCGUAGAGAUGAUGUUUUUCUGCCAUGUAGAUAGGGUACCAUGUACAUCCAAAUAGGCAGGAAGCAGGGGUGUUCUUAGACUUAACUCUAGUGUUCAACCAGUGUUACUAGCAUGUUGUAGAUGUUACAGUACCAUAGUUGUCACAUAAAUGCCUGUAAAUUCCUUGUGAAGUGUGAUAGUGUUUAGCUAGGCUGAAUUGCUUUUAUUUCUUUGUUAGAUUUUUUAAAAGCAGCACAUACUUGUGAAACGGCACACUGUUUGUGUCUUUUUAAAAGCUGCCAUCUUGUUUUUUUGAUACCUUGUCUCAUGUAGCCUUAGCACUAACAAGUUGUUGAUGUUUGUACAGUAGAUCUAUUGAUGAGAAGAUCAGACAGAAAAAAAUAUUUCCUGUGAAAAAAAUGAAUACAAUUGGUGAUAGUUGCUAGUAUAGGAAAAUCAGUGCAAGAACAAAAUGUCCAAUAUCUGUGGUCAGUUGCAAUGGCCAGGGUGGUUGGGCAGUAGCUGUACAAACGCUCGAGCCACCAGACCAGUGGGUAGCAACUGUGUGGACUUAAUUUAUUUAUUGUGGACAUGUCCAGAUAGGGACAUAGUGGCAGUUAUCUUUGUCAUUAAUAUUCUCAGCCGAGAUGAUGCCAUGAAGACCCAGGUAGCAGUGAGACCAUGUAGUGCUGGCAUCAGGCUUUGUAAAUGUUCAGGGGACUGUACAGAUUGAAGUAAAAUUUUAAAUG